GCGAUUCUUGAAUUUUGCUUGAGACGCUCGACGAACUUCAGUCAGUCUUUAGAGAAGGUACGCCGGUAUUUGGCUUUAUCGACAUCACACACUGUAGAAUUGGACCAGGAAACAAGUUGGAGGAUACCUAAGGUGUAUUUCUAUGUGAAUCAUGAACUCAGAGAAGUGCGCAUCCACUUUGACUCCCAUGGCCACUUCAAAUGGCAGGAAAGCUGUUCGAAAGGCAAAGAAGUUCUCAGACAGCUCGAGCUCUCCCUCAAGAAGAAAGUCCUUGCAGCUGCUUCAGCCUGUUGCUGGUGAUCAGUCACAACUAGUAGGAUCAGAUGGAGUCAUUAGACUCGCCAAUCAGGUGAACAAGACCCCCAAACGGAAGUUUGCAUGUGACGGAAAGAGUCAACCGAGGAAAGUUUUCCGUCCUGAUGUUGGAAAGAACUUUACCAUCUUCGAGGAUGGAUCUAGCUCAUCAUCCUCUCAAAUGCCAUCAGCUGAGCAGGAGACGAUAGACAUGAUGACUGAGGCUGAACCCACAGGGAAGUACUGGGAGGAACUGGCUGAAGAGAGGAGGGUCGCACUGGAAGAAACACUGCAAGAGAAUGAAAAGUUGUUUAUUGAGAAUCAGGAACUGAAGGAGGAGAAUAGCAAACUUCAGGUCAUGGCUGAUCAAGCUGAAUACCUUGCUGAUGUUGUUGAGACCCUGAUGCAAAGGAUUGAGUCAACUACUGAAAACACACCUGAAAGUCAGGAAGAUACAUCACAAAAUAAUGAUGAUAGAGACACUGAUCACGGUGCCGACAAUGACCAUGUCGAUGAUGAGGAGGAUGACGAUGAGGUUUUUGAUCGCGAUGACGACCCUGUUCACAAAGAUGGCGUGAAAGGUGAUGAAAAGGUUAAAGAUGUAACAGCCGUUGAUGGAGAGGAAGAUGAAGUAUAGCAUUGGAUUCAAAACAAACAGAAAACUUUUAAUCGUGCCAUCUUCUGUCCCAUCUCAUCUAAUGCAAAGAUGUGAAAAGGUGAAUACUGCAGUGAUGCUUCUUUGGUUGAUAGCCCAAAAAGGACGGGGAGCAAAAUGAUCCCAUUUGCCUACGAAACAGGGAUUUUUAACUUGCCACGACUAUGCCUUCAAUAUUCUUUCAAACUGAAAAGCUGGUGGAUACUUUGCCUGAAAAGAAGAAUAUGGAAUCAAGAGACUUGAGGAUUCUACAGCUUAUGGAAUAUAUCACUAAUAUUUUUACAUUUUUAGAAAUUUCAUCUCAAGUUCGUUUCUCAGUUAGGAAAUAGUAGACUUGCUCAAUUUGUAUGAUCUUAAUUAUGUUGAAGGGUACUUUAUAGUCGUCCAAGACUGAAAGGGAAAUGAAGCAUUUGGGAUGAAAAACAGAUACCAUACUAUAUUUGUGAUACCUCUGUACAUGUACCGGUAUAUAUUCCAAUACCACACAAAAAGAAACUGAAAUAAAGUACGAUACGAGAGACGGUACCUUAAUAAUUGAAUAACUUGCACUUUCAUCUAGUACAGAAGGAUAAGGAACCCUUCUCGCAUUUAAAAACCAGGGGCCCGUUUCAUAAAGUACUUGCAACUGUUGUAACUUUGCACUUAUGGCAACUACCAUGGCAACUGGGCUCAGCAGCCAAUCAAAAUCAAGGUUACCAUGGUAGUUGUCAUAAUGGCAAAGUUACAACAGUUGUAACUCUUUAUGAAACGGGCCCCAGUGCCCCUCUUUCUUCUAGAUGAUAAUAUAAAAGGCUGCAUGAUUUGAGACAACUGAUCUUAAACCUACACACCUCCCUACCUUUCUCUUCUUCGGGGGAAAAAACACAAAACAAAAUUUUGACCAUUCCAAGCUGUUAUUCUUGUAAGACUUUCUUAUUCAUAUUAAAUUCUUGAUAGGAUUAUCCUUCGGGAAAUGUUCCCUAUUCCAUCAUUGAAGCAACAGUGUUCCUAUACAGGGUGCUACAUAAUUUAUUAAAAGCGCUUGUCGGUCGGGCAAGUACAUUUUUGAAUAGUUGGAAUAUACUUGCCCAAAAAUCUAUUUCACUUGCCUGAAAAAAACCCUUGAAAAAAAAAAGUUUUACCCCUUCAAAAGAAAGUUUUGCGGUUUUAUAAACCAAUGACCUUUUUCUCUCUUUUGACGUGAACUGAUCAAUUGCAUUUCUUUUUCAAAAGUGAUUUUACUUGCCUGCCAUGACCAAAAUUAUGGUCAGUAUAUCAUAUCGACCCUAAUUUUGGUCAUUCUACUGUGAUAAAUUUGCUUUCUACUGUAUGAAUUUUGCUUGCCCAAUUCAGGCAAGUAGUUGUGGUCUUUACUUCAAAACACCUUUUACUUGCCCUGGGCAAUCAGGCAAGUGCUUAUGUAGCACCCUGCUAUAUUUCCAUUAGAAAGGUUGGAAGGUCUCCUCAUCUGCAGGCAGAUGCACCAGCAGAGUGAAGAAAAAUCAUUCAUUUUUAACUUAUUUUUAUAAUAUUUUUGCCUUGUAAAUAUUAACUGUUGUCUUUAUUUUCACUGAGGUAAAUUUAGAUGUUGGGAAGUGCAGUCUGCUGGCAGAUGUCAUUUUUCAUGUCAUUUUUGUCAUUGCUUUUCAGUUUAUACAUGUACAUACAGUAACUCAACUAUCUAGAGAUCCUUUCUUUCACUUGAGCUGACCCCGUAUGCAAAUGUAUGCUAUUGUUUGAAAAAUAAUCAGUAUUAUACAAAUGACAAGUUCAGCGACUCAAUGGUACAUGUUGCUGAAGAAUAAGGGCAUGGAUUUUAUUUUUUGCUACCAAUAAUUGCAACUUACAAUUUAGUUAGAGAGAAAUGUGUGUGAAAGAAUGAAUUUUAUAUAACGCAAAAAAGUCAAGUGGGAUGAUGUUUUAUUGUUUUGAAAAAGAAUGGUCUCAUUUACCUUGAAGAAGAAAUCUUAUGAAUCUAACAUUUUCAAUACAGGUAUUUUUAAAUGAAUGUAGUUUUUUCCCUCCUAUUUUAUUUUUGUGAUUUCAGAUGUGUUGUUAAUAAUAAAAAUAAUAAAAGUUACAUUCAUAUAGCGCAUUACAUUAACAUUUCAAUGCGCUUGUACUAGUGCUUGUACUUUGAGAUUUUCAUUGCUGUCAUUGUGAUCAUUAAAUUGAAAAAAAAGGAACUAAUUAUUUCAGACAAUUAUUAUUUUCAAGUUAAGUUAUUAUAGUUUGCAUACACUGGACACAAACAUUUCCAAAAUUUAUUAGAAACUGAAAAAGCCAAUACAUGUAGGAAAUAAAUUUCAAACAGUUUAGUCCUUGACGCUUCAAACUGUUUACAGUUCAGCUUUUGAAUUAAAUGAGAUGGGAAAUGUUAUUCAUGUUUUCCUACUAUAAAUGUGAUUAGAAUUUAAUAUUUUCUACAAAUGUCAGUGUCAAAGUUCAUAAUUAGUUUUACACCAAUUAAUCAUGGUUUAUUCACCUUUUCAACUACAGAGGGGGUACUUUGAUUUACCUCUAAUUUCCUCAUUCAUUUUCCUGUAUGGCUGUAGCUCUCGCCAAUCAAAUAUGUUUUUAUUAUUAUUAUUAUUGAAUUCAGAAUGUGUUUAGUGACCAUUAUUUGAUUUUCCACAGAUAUUUCCAGUAUUGUAUUCAUGUAUGUGCCCAUUUCAGAACAUAGUCUUUGUACUGAAGUGGAUGUGCUACUAAAUCUAAUCUGACAUUGAACUGGCCAUCUUAUCAGUCAAACAUACCAAAUUAACAUGUACAUGUAUUUUAUACAUUUUCAAGAUUUUAACCAUUCUAAGAAAAUAUAGAAGAAAAUAAGUCUUUGAAAACAAAAUUGAAAGAAUUGAAUGAAUUUUUUAAAACAAAUGUUCAAGUGCAGUAUUACAGUUAUACUUAUAGGAGAUUAAAACUGGAGAAAAAGAAGAAGAUCUGACUGACUACACAACCACAUGUUGAAUGUUCGCUGUUCAUCCAGAAUUAACACAAUAUGAAACAUGAAGAUGUCACCCUUUAAUAAAUGUAUCCGUUUAAAAGUUGAGUUUCAAAAUAUAGACAUGUGUAUUUCCUCAUUUGUCAGAGCCCCACCCCCAUGAAAAAUAAUGAUGGUAUCUGGAUUUCUUUUUUCAUUUUAAAUAGAAGUGAUUCGCUUUGUUUUUACUAUUUUUAAUGCUCAUUUUCAGAUGAACGCCCUGCAUAUUCAAUAAAGUGACAGAAUCCCA